GGGCGGAAGUGGCUUUGUAGACGUAGAGCUGCGAAAUGGGGGUGAAGCUGGAAGUGUUUCGGAUGACCCUCUACCUCACUUUUCCUGUGGCUAUGUUCUGGAUCUCCAAUCAGGCCGAGUGGUUUGAGGAUUAUGUUAUCCAACGCAAGAGGGAGCUAUGGCCACCAGAAAAGGAGAGUCAGCGCCAGGACCUUGAAGAAUUAAAACUGAAGAUACGGAAGCAGCGUGAAGAGAGAGUCUUUCGAGCUGCCCAACAGAGCUCCUGAGAUCUUCACUUGAGUCCUGGCCCUUCCCCGCCCCCCCCCCCAUGAAAUAAUACAGGUUCAGUUUCUUGUUA